ACCCCCCCAACCCAAAAAAAGGUACCCCACCCCUGCUGUACUGGAUUGGACUAGUGUUCUAUGUAGGCCAGUAUUUUGUCUCUGACAGUGCCCAGUAUAAACUGCUUCAGAGGACGAUGGAAGAAGUCCCUCAGAGUAGGCAGUUAUGGAGUACAUGUCUGUGGGGAAAGUUUCUUCUUAAAUCUGAAUAAUUAAAGCUUGGCUUCUGCACUGAAAUGCUAGGGGAUAACCUCUUCUGAAACCUUGUUUUUUUAAAUAUUUACUAUUACAAAUCUGGUUAUUGUUAUCAGUAUAAAUACCCAAUCUUUUUUUUAUAUCCUGCUCAACUCUUGGCUUCCAUGAUAUUGUGUGGCAGAGAGUUCUACAGGCUAAUUCAGCAUUAUGUGAAUAAAUAUUUUGUCACUUUCAAUUUGUCAUCUUUCAUCUUAUAUACAUGUCCCUUUGUUCUUGUAUUGUAAAGACAGAUGAAGAGAAACUCCUGAUCUACCUUCUCUAGACCAUUCAUUAUUUUAUGUUUCUCACCUCCCCUUUCUCAUCUUUCUAAGGCAAACAAUUCCAAUCUUGUUAAAUCUCUUCAUGCUAAAUUUUGUAACCAUUCUUGUUACUAGUCUCUGAAUCCCUCCAUUUCUUCUGUAUUCUUUUUGAGAUGGGAUGAUUAGAACUGAAUAUAGUGUUCCCUCUGAGAGUGUACUAUUCAUUUUAUGUAAUGGAAUUAUUAUUUGUAACUCCAACAACGUGUUAGAUGCUUCACAGGUAAGCAUGAAGAGAAAGUCUCUGCCCCAAAGAGUAAACAGUCUAUAUCUACUAUGUUAAUAUCUAUUUCAGUGGAAACCUUUGACUCUUAACAUCUUUUUGAAAGUUGCAUGCAGUAAAGGCUUCAUCUGAUGUUUAUGAACAUAGCCGGAAAGUGUCCAUUAACUUUAAUGGUGCAGGAUCAGUGUCUGUAAUUGCACCAGCUCUCCCCUUCUCCAAAUGCAUGCACAAUUGCACACCUAGAGACCUGACGAGAAAAACAGGCAAGCUGUUGGUAGCCCUAGAAAAAGUCCAGAGAUCAUGCAUCAAUACCGUAGCAUGCCCUUGGAUUAACCUGAAUUUUGUAGCAGGUUUUCUUGGAUAUAUUAAGUUCUAGCAGAUAGAUUCUUUUCUUUGAAUCCCAACUCAGGAAACAACUCAAUGCACGUGAAGAGAAAAUGUAGCAUGAAGCUUUGAUAUUUAUAUCUCUUCAGGUUCUGGAAAACUACUCUGAUGCUCCUAUGACCCCGAAACAGAUUCUGCAGGUCAUAGAAGCUGAGGGACUAAAGGAAAUGAGAAGCGGCACUUCCCCCCUGGCCUGCCUCAAUGCCAUGCUACAUUCCAAUUCAAGGGGAGGUGAUGGACUCUUUUACAAAUUGCCUGGACGUAUUAGCCUUUUCACGCUCAAGAAGGAUGCCUUGCAGUGGUCUCGGAACCUGUCUGUGCCAGAGGGAGAGGAGCUGGAUGAUGCAGUAGAUGCAGAAAGCUGUGGGUCCAAUGAAGCCAGCACUGUGAGUGGCGAUAAUGAUGUGUCUCUUGAUGAAACCUCUUCUAACGCCUCCUGUUCCACUGAAUCUCAGAGUAAGAGUCUCUCUGCUUCCAGGGAGAGCUGUAGAACAGCCUCACAGACAAGCAAACAAAAGAAAAAGACUGGUGUGAUGUUGCCUCGCGUUGUCCUGACUCCACUGAAAGUAAAUGGGGCACACAUGGAGUCAGCCUCAGGUUUCACAGGAAGGCAUGCAGAUGGAGAGAGCAGCAGCACUUCCAGCAGCAGCAGCUCCUCUUUGGCCCUGUGUAGUGCCACCAUGCGCACUAGGGCAGAAAUCAGCAGGGAUCCUCCACAGCUGCUGAGAGGUAUCCGGAAGCCAGCAGCUGGGCAAAUGAAGCGCAACAGAGGUGAGGAUAUAGAUUUUGAGACACCUGGUUCCAUUCUUGUCAACACAAAUCUCCGAGCACUGAUAAACUCCAGAACCUUCAAUGUACUCCCCCCACACUUCCAGCAGCAGCUCCUUUUCCUCCUGCCAGAAGUUGACAGACAGGCUGGGGCAGAUGGGCUGAUGCGUCUCAGUGGCAGUGCUCUGAAUAAUGAGUUCUUCACCCAUGCAGCUCAGAGCUGGAGAGAACGACUGGCUGAUGGUGAAUUCACUCAUGAGAUGCAGGUUAGAAUACGACAGGAAAUGGAGAAAGAGAAGAGGGUUGAGCAAUGGAAAGAGAAGUUCUUUGAAGACUACUAUGGACAAAAGUUGGGUUUGACUAAAGAAGAAUCACAACAGCAAAAUUCAAUGCAAGAAGAUGCUGAGAACAGGACCGAGUUUUCUGUUCAGGUAGAAGCAGCAAAGCCACAGCAUGGUCCUUCUACACGUCAGCGAGAUGGACAUGUCAAGAAACGCUCUCGGCCAGAUCUGCGAUGCAGAGCCAGAAGGAGCUUGUAUAAAAUACGAGAGCCUGAUCAGACUGAGACCCCCAAAGAGACUGUGUCUGUGGGACCAGACUCCUCCUUCCAUAAAGAGACUAAAGCGGAGGUGGAUUUGGGAGGAGAAGAUCUGGCAGGCUCUUCGUCUGCAUCAUUGAAGCCGGAGAGUCCAGAACUGCUGUUUUCUUCAGAGUCUUCCAGACUGCACAGUAAAGUGGAAGAUCUGUCUUUGGCAGCCGCAUCUAUAAGCAGAAUUCCCAGUUUGCCCCAAGAAAACUUAGAUCAGGAGUCAAAGGACCAGAAAAGGAAAUGCUUUGAGGAGGCUGCCUCCACCUCCUUCCCCGAAAAGAAGCCCCGGCUUGAAGAUCGUCAGUCCUUUCGUAACACAAUUGAAAGUGUUCACCCAGAAAAGCCACAGCCUACUAAAGAGGAGCCAAAAGUCCCACCCAUCCGGAUUCAACUUUCACGUAUCAAGCCACCCUGGGUGGUUAAGGGUCAGCCCGCUUACCAGAUAUGCCCCCGGAUCAUCCCCAACACAGAGCCCUCUGGUCGGGGCAGGACUGGUGCCAGAACACUCGCAGACAUUAAAGCUCGUGCUCUGCAAGCCAGAGCCCAGCGAGAGGCCGUUACAGCUGCCAUUGGAGGUGGGGGUGGGCCAGGAGGAGGAGGGAACAGCACCGAUAAAGGAGGUGGUGGUGGUGGUGGAGAAUCCAGUAGCCAUAGAGAGUCCAGGAGAUCAAAGAGAACUCAUGGAAGGUGUGCGUCAGAUCUACAACGAACACAAUUACUGCCGCCUGUCCAUCUAAACAGAGAAAAGAGUAACUUUGCUGAGGUAGCUGUGCAGGUAGCUAAAAUAAAUUUAGCUGAACCUGGAAAACAGGACUCCUGCCCACCUAAUGGUGAGGGAGCCUUCGUUCUUGAACGUGCUGCAGAUGUUAUCUCAGGUGGAACAGAAGAUGUUGCUCAAAGUACUAAUGGCUUAGCUAAUCGCCAGCUUGAUGAUGCUUUGAUUGGGCUGUCUUUUGAUGCUGCAGCUUCUCUGGGGCAGGAGGAGAGCUUUGAGCCGCUCCUCCAUGAUGUAAGAAGUGAAAACACACCUCAUACUGCCUCUCAGGAGGGUCAGAGUACUAAGCAAGGACACUCAGUUCCGUCUGAGAAUGGUGUGUGUUGUUCUCAGGUACAGGGGUCUGCAGUCAUAGAUGAUAUCAGUACUGUACCAAGAACUGAAGAUGUUGGCACUCCCCCAGAGUUGAACAGUAGUUCUCCUAUGAAGGAAACUUUCUCUCAUAAUUCUAGCCUUACCCUAGAAUUGUCAUCAGACGGUAAAGAACAGCAUGAGCCAGAAAUUGAAAUGCGAUUUAAUGGCUCUAAGAAACCCACAGGAAAACAUGUAACUGAUUGUGAUGAUUCAAAAACAAAUCGUAUUGGAAUGGAGAACGUGGGCUCAGAGUUGUAUGCUCUCACACACCGACAGACAGGAAAACACGAAAGUGAACUGCUAAAUGGAGAACGGAAUCAAGAGUCCUUGGUGAAACCUUUUUCACUUGGUGAUUGGACUGUUCAGAAUGGAAUAGGUACCUCUGAAAAGCUUCCACACCUGUGGAAGAGGCCAUCAGGGGAAAACACAGAUAAUUUGUGUCAACACAUGAAAGAGACACAAGGGUUUAAGACAAAUGGAGAUGAUGAAAUCCAGAGUACACACAGCGAAACUACAGAUACUGCUUCUGAUUUUGAAGCUGACCUAACUGAUGAGAAUGUGGAGGUGGAUAUCUACUUCAGGAAUGUCCACUUCAAGGAGGCUACAGGAAAAGGAGAUGCCUCCCACAAGUGCAACACAGAAAGAAAUGACGGCAUUAGAUCUGACUCCUCUGUGAAAAAUAACAGUCUCCCAUACGUAGCAGAGUUGCCGUCAGUAGCAAUGGUGAGCAAGAUGUCUCCACCCCAGGCAUGGGCACUACAUACACCUCUUUCUCAACAAACUCCGAGUCAGAAAACACCGGGCUCCAGUAGGCCCAUAUCAUCUAUUGAAGCCAAUAACCCUCUGGUGAUGCAGUUACUUAAGGGAAACCUUUCUUUGGAAAAGGUUCUACCAGUAUCACAUGCCAGCAUCAAGCUGGAAAUUAUGGAAUCACUUCUAGACAAGCCAUCCGAAAACCACUCCCUACAAGUGGAGAGAAGCAGCAAUUGCUGCUUUGGCCAAGAGUCUUCCCGAGAUGCAGGAAUAAAUACAAGUGGCCGAAGCAGAAGUGGUGACUUCCACUCUCCAGAUGCUUUCAGAGAUCAUCAGAAAACACAAUGCAACUCUGGGACAGUACUGCCCAAAACAGAAAGUGUGGAGAACCAGCCUGAUGUUCCAGAAAAGCAUUCCAAUGUUGGCAGUAGCUUGAGCUCUCCAGACCCACUGGACAGUAUGGUGAGCGGCUCUCAGAAACCUAAAGAGUUGAGCCAUAGAGAAAGAUCUUCCUGUAGCUUUGGAGAUCAAAAAGAGUUGCCCCUGGUCCAUGAUGUCCCACAGCACAAUCCACUAACACAUACUAUUACAAAUGAAAGCCCUGAAAAGCUAAACCCACCAGUAGCACCUCAGUUUUUAGCUCCAAAUGUAACCUCUCUCGGAACAAAGCGCAUCAGUGGAACCUCAAUUAAUAAAAGUUACGUUGGCGUCCAGGGCAAAAAGCUCUUUGGUUCGGGCUUCCCCUGCAACGCUGCUGCUAGAUUGCCUCAUCCAAGAGCUUUGGAGCACCUCGCAACCGUGGGAACUGCCUCCCCCAGCAAGCAGAUCCCGUUAAAUAAGAGCACUGCAUCUGGAGAAGGAGCACCGACUGCCAGGGAAGACUGGCCUUCAAAACAACACGCAAACACACUAGGAGGAAUAAAAAAUGAGAAUAUACUGGCCUGUGGAGGCCCAGCCAAGGGCAGUGUGAAGAACCGGAAGGAUGUUGGGCACAGCCCUGUGGAACUGAUGGAGCAUUUGCAGAGUGUUCCCCUUGUUAUGGACUUGCCGUUUUUCAAGUUACCAAGAGAACCAGGAAAAGGACUCAACCAGCCCUUGGAGCCUUCUUCCAUCCCCUCUCAGCUCAAUAUCAAACAAGCGUUUUAUGGGAAGCUUUCGAAGCUGCAGCUCAAUUCCACCAGCUUUAAUUAUUCAUCCCACACAGCUCCAGCUUUCCCCAGAAGCCUUGCUGGAAGUAUGAUGCAGCUAAGCCACAAAGCGAACUUUGCUGCAAACCAUAAUGCAUCUCUUUCUGUGCAGAUGUUUGCUGAUAGCAGCAGUGUUGAAGAAAUAUCAUUCAAAUGUUCCUGCAGCCUUAAAGCCAUGAUUAUGUGUAAAGGAUGUGGGGCAUUUUGUCACGAUGACUGUAUAGGACCCUCAAAGCUUUGUGUAUUGUGCCUUGUGGUGAGAUAAUAAAUUAUGGCCAUGGGAAAAAUUGUAUAUUUAGUGUGUGUAUUUUGAUAACUGACCCGAAAACCUGUAUACAAAAUAUUAUUCUGUUUAUAAUAGAGACAAUAUUAUACUUUAAGUUGUGGCGAGAGAGUUGAUUUACCUUCCCACUGAAACUCACAGUGCAAGGCCUGUUCUUAAUCACAGUUACACUCCCGCAUCUGUGGGUCGUGCCCUACUGGAGCAGUCGUCUUAAGGCCAUCAUGGAAAUGUUGAUUUGCGCUCUGGGCACACAGGCUGUGGCUACCACCUGACUGAGGUGGUUUGUCCUGGGAAUCCAUGGACCUUUUCUAAAGGAAACCUUUACAUCCAAAGGAACUGGAAUAGAGUGCUCUCUGUUUGGAAGGGUUGAGCUAGGUUAGUCCCAGCUAUGCCUUAGCAGAGCAGAAUACAGUCUUCCACUCCAUUCCCUGGCUGCGUGGGAAGAGUACUGUACAAUACACGUGGACACGAAGCUUCUCCAUAAGUGGUGGCUGUGCAGUACCUGGAAUGCUAUAGUAGAAUCAAGUGACCAUAAAACCCUUGGCAGAUGGCUGACGAGCCAUAUACGGGUGAUCGCAUCUUGGAUGGAGCUGGUGAAGCGAAUGCAAGAAGCAAAUGGGAGUGGCUGUCUGCUUCCGUGCCUUGUGUUGGGCUGAAGGCAGAUGUAUGGCUUGUGGAACUCUGCACCUGGCUGCACUGCUGGUCCAGGCGGCCUCUUCUGGCCAAAUGUUGCUACAAACGUGUAUGAAAAGCCAGGAGUUGAGGAGUUCGUGAGUGCAGCUGAGUACCUCCCCAUAUUACAGUCCUACACUGAGAACCUUCCCAUGCCAGCACCUCAUCACCUGCAAGUGUCUGGCUGUGCAUCCGUGAGUGCUGGUCAUUUUACAUUCUCAGCGGUGUUUCCUUUUUUAUAUUUUACCUUUUUUCAUUCUUGACUGUAUCAAGUGAAUAAUUUGAUUCCUGUAAGUAUCCUCUAUGCCUCUGUUUGAUCAUGUAUUUAUAUGUUGUACACAGUACUGGCCAAUUCUGUAAAUGGAUGUAAUGUACAUAGAACAUAAAGGGUUUUUUUUCUUUAUUUUCAGGCUCUACAGCAGUAUUACAUUAAAGUGGUGUUUGUUAUUAAUCGACAUCUGUAGUCAAAGCCACUGUAUUCUGUGCUGCCUAAUGCGAGGCUGAACAUGGGUUCAGACUGCCUCCCUUUCUGCCUAGGUGGCUUUGCUGUGGGCAGACAGACUGCAAUGAGCAAUCUCAAGGUUAACCUGCCCUGAUUUGCUGAGCUGGGAGCAUUUUGCUCCUUGCUAUCUGGAAGCAAAUUCCUGUAGCAGUGACUGGUCACUCGUAACUGGUGAGUCUCCAUGAACAAUGUUGUAGCUACAGUGCAACAGUGUGAAGAAGACCCUUGUCUAUUCAGAGUUGAUGUGAACCAAAAUGAGCCUCCCUCCUUUUGAGCAAUUGCCUCUUGGGGUUGGGCUGCUCCAAGGGGGGGAGAAGCCCCCCUGUCAUUUCGUUGAAAGCUUUCUCCUACCCCUUUCCUAUCUCUGACCUACCUCUGUCUUGACUAUGCUUUUUCUAAUUGUAGACCUCCCUGUCUGAGAGCUGUAGAGAGUGCACAAUCUGUGGGCUUCAGCAAGCUUCUUUGUCUCCCAAAUGGUUUACCCAUAACCCAUGUGGCAGCUUGAUAGUGUGAAAUGGGGGAGAGACAGACGGACACAGGGGUGAAUUGAAAUGCAGUAUUAGUGAAAUCUUGAGGGGAUGGGAUAAAAAACCUGCUAACCAAAGAUUGGGAGCAGAGCUGGGGCAGUCUGGCUCUGUAUCCUUUGGGGCCGCUGUAGGGCACAGAUUAAAGCUGGUCUGGUCUGCAGAGAUCUCCAGAGGGACUCUGCUCUUGUACGUCCCUGUGGUAUUGGAAAAAUAAACAUUCUGUAAAACCUG